CCCUUAUUCCCAAUGCCCCCUCCACUAUUCAAUUCUCCCCUUAUAACUUAUGACCAUAUACUUAGCAACCAUUUUCCCACCUUUCCCACACCACACUCAUCAACAAUUUUUCUUUGCACCAUUUCCUAGUCUACCCGUGUGCCUCAAAAACCAAUUUUAUUAUAUCACUCCUUUCAGUUUCACAUAAACCCAACCAUAUAGUAAUAAUAAUAUAACAUUAUACUAUUAUUAAUUUAUUAUGUAUUCAUCAUAAUUAAUUAACACCCUAUCUUUAUUUUCUCUUCAUCAAAAGUUCUGAGUUCUAGCAUUUUGAAAGAGGUUUCUAAACUUCGUUACAACUCUUAAUUCGUCCAUCUUCCCCCAAGAAUUAAGUCUUUCUAAAAGGGGAAAAAAACUUAUCUCUUUUUAAUUUGUAUAUUUUUUCUAGUUCCUUUAAUUUCUAUUUUAUUCCCUUGUUGUUUUCUCGAUCAAUCUAUGGCUUCUAGUACCACCAGUAGCUCCGGCUCCGGCUCGCCGUGCGGGGCAUGCAAGUUCCUAAGGCGAAAGUGCGCGUCGGACUGCGUAUUCGCGCCAUACUUCAGCUCGGAACAAGGGGCGGCAAGAUUUGCAGCGAUCCACAAAGUGUUUGGUGCAAGCAAUGUUUCAAAGAUGCUAAUGCAGAUUCCAAGUCAUGAAAGGUGUGAGGCUGUGCUCACAAUUGCUUAUGAGGCUCAAGCUCGUAUUAGAGACCCUGUCUAUGGUUGUGUCUCUCAUAUUUUUGCCUUACAACAACAGGUAGCAUGCUUGCAAGCACAACUAAUGCAAGUGAAGGCACAGCUAGCUCAUCAAAACAUGCAGAAUCAUCAUAAUCAGUGGAACAAUAAUAAUAUUGGAGUAGGACAAACAUUAUUAUUCAAUAAUUAUAGUAAUAAUAAUCAAUUUUGUCCCACUAAUAAUGAUAUUAGUUACAUGCCAUCACCCCAAAGUUGUUCACUUGAUGAGUCAAUUGAUCAAAGUAGCAUUAUUAGUGAUGGAAUAAUGAGCAUGCUGAGCACUGUGGAGGAUUUCUCAUUCCAAGCUUGUUCCAAGAAAAGAUCAUCAUCUUAUAAUGACAGUGAUUUGGGUGAGCUGCAAGAAUUGGCACUUAGGAUGAUGAGGAAUUAUAACUAGAUCGAUCACAUUUGCUUAAUUAGCCAUUUAAGUAGUAAUAAUAGCUUUAAUCUCUGUUAUGGUUUAAUUAAAUUGAGGUUAUAAAACUCUAAUUGCGAUAAUAUAUAUUCUGUUGCGGUGUC